AUGUUGAUCUUCAUCCAGGCCUAUGACUACCAUAUGUGGAAUGUCAUCACUGAAGGAGACUACACCUUCAAAAAUGAAGACGGUGAUGACAUACCACUUGGAAAACUUCCCGAGGCAGAUGCAAGGCUAGUACAACUCAACUUUAAGACCAAGAACUUCUUAUAUUGCGCCAUAAGCGAUGAAGAGUACAACCGAAUAUGCAGAUGCAACACGACCAAGGAAAUGUGGGAAAAGCUUCAGGUAACAUACGAAGGUACUACCCAGGUAAAAAGAUCAAAAAUUUAUAUGCUAGUAAAAGAAUAUGAAAUGUUCAAAAUGGAAGAAGGUGAGACAAUUACAGCUAUGUUCACUCGAUUCACACACAUCACUAAUGGACAAAAAACUCUCAGUAGAAAGUACUCUAUGGAAGAUAAUGUGCAGAAAGUCCUUCGUUCACUACCGACAUCUUGGCACGCCAAGUCCACAGCAAUUGAAGAAGCAAAGGACCUCUCAAAGGUCACACUUGACGAACAAAUUGGGUCUCUCAUGACCUAUAAGAUCAAGAAGAAAAUGCUGUUGCAGAAGCUAAAGUACCCAAGAAGGCUACCGGAAUAG